UGUCCUACUUGACGCGCCGUAGUGACGUUAUAGCACUAUGGCGUGCCUUCAGAGCGCGUGCUCACUCAAAACAAACAGUUAGGAUUUCUUUGAACGGGAUAAUGGCAUUGUGCAGGAUGAGGACCGCGCUUUAGUGCGAAUGGAUUUUACCGAAGGAUCCGCGCUCGGCGUGUUCACCUGUGAGCUGUGCGAGCUGUCCAGUCCGUACAGUUUCUACGGGCAGAAGCCGCCAAACACGAGAGCAAUAGUGCUCUUAGAGGAAUGUUAUGGCAUGAAGGAUCCCUUCAGCCCGGAGAGAGAGAAGUUUCUUGUUCUAGGAUCCAAGUGCUGUCUGUGCAGUAAGACGGUGUGUGUGGGAACGGACUGCAGUCUGUUCUACACCAAACGCUUUUGUUUGCCAUGCGUGCGGGAUCACCUUCAUCAGUUUCCAGAACAGGUUCAAAAUGAGGUGCUGAGGAAGAAAAGUGUGCAGAAGACGUCCGCCUCAUGAUGAUAUAUUGAUUUAUUUAUGAACAGAGGACACUAGUGAACCAUCUGGCCAGACACACAUGUACAUUUUUUUUUGUCUGUUGUCCUUUUUCUAUUUAUAUGAAUCAAACAACUGAAGGUGGCAAGCCAUCUUUUGAUUGAAACCAUAUGUUAUGUGACAUUUUUAGUUUUACAAUAGCACUAAAUGUGUUGUCUUACGUGUAGAAACUAUGAAAUAAAUGUUUAGCUGUG